GCCCCGCCCAGCGCCAGGCAGGGAGAGCCCGUUGGGAGGUGGCACCGUCCCCCGCCCGGGGUCUGCUCUCACUGCGGCUGCCAGCCAGCCCAGCUCACCCAGGCCUUCCCCGCCAGCUCUCAAACGGGGGAGGACGGAAAUUAACGCUCCAGCCUCCGCCUCGCCCUCCCCAUUAGGGAGGCUGGUUUACUCCGGAUCAUUAAAUAUGUAUAUCUUAUUACACGCCUUGUUAGCGUAUUGAGCGCUAUUGACUGAUGAGAAAUUCCAGCAUCGGCCUGGCCAUAAAUUUAUCUGGAGAUGAUGAAGACUCAAUAAUCUAGCCAUGCAGAUAAUACGAGAGGGCCUUAAAAAAGAUCAUUACAUUCUAUGUCAAAAUUAAAAGUGAAAUACGCUUUAUGAACAGUCUCCGCGCUCGGGCCCAUUCCUGGCCCUUCCCGCCCGCCAUGCUCCCCGGGGUGACCGGGAGGAGGCAAGACGGGUCCCAGGCUCCCUGGGGUGACGGGACGGGUCCCCCUAGGGGCUCAGACGGGUCCCGGGCUCCCCGGGGUGACGGGACGGGUCCCCCUAGGGGCUCAGACGGGUCCCGGGCUCCCCGGGGUGACGGGACGGGUCCCCCUAGGGGCUCAGACGGGUCCCGGGCUCCCCGGGGUGACGGGACGGGUCCCCCUAGGGGCUCAGACGGGUCCCGGGCUCCCCGGGGUGACGGGACGGGUCCCCCUAGGGGCUCAGACGGGUCCCGGGCUCCCCGGGGUGACGGGACGGGUCCCCCAAGGGGCUCAGACGGGUCCCGGGCUCCCCGGGGUGACGGGACGGGUCCCCCAAGGGGCUCAGACGGGUCCCGGGCUCCCCGGGGUGACGGGACGGGUCCCCCAAGGGGCUCAGACGGGUCCCGGGCUCCCCGGGGUGACGGGACGGGUCCCCCAAGGGGCUCAGACGGGUCCCGGGCUCCCCGGGGUGACGGGACGGGUCCCCCAAGGGGCUCAGACGGGUCCCGGGCUCCCCGGGGUGACGGGACGGGUCCCCCUAGGGGCUCAGACGGGUCCCGGGCUCCCCGGGGUGACGGGACGGGUCCCCCAAGGGGCUCAGACGGGUCCCGGGCUCCCCGGGGUGACGGGACGGGUCCCCCUAGGGGCUCAGACGGGUCCCGGGCUCCCCGGGGUGACGGGACGGGUCCCCCUAGGGGCUCAGACGGGUCCCGGGCUCCCCGGGGUGACGGGACGGGUCCCCCUAGGGGCUCAGACGGGUCCCGGGCUCCCCGGGGUGACGGGACGGGUCCCCCUAGGGGCUCAGACGGGUCCCGGGCUCCCCGGGGUGACGGGACGGGUCCCCCUAGGGGCUCAGACGGGUCCCGGGCUCCCCGGGGUGACGGGACGGGUCCCCCUAGGGGCUCAGACGGGUCCCGGGCUCCCCGGGGUGACGGGACGGGUCCCCCUAGGGGCUCAGACGGGUCCCGGGCUCCCCGGGGUGACGGGACGGGUCCCCCUAGGGGCUCAGACGGGUCCCGGGCUCCCCGGGGUGACGGGACGGGUCCCCCUAGGGGCUCAGACGGGUCCCGGGCUCCCCGGGGUGACGGGACGGGUCCCCCUAGGGGCUCAGACGGGUCCCGGGCUCCCCGGGGUGACGGGACGGGUCCCCCUAGGGGCUCAGACGGGUCCCGGGCUCCCCGGGGUGACGGGACGGGUCCCCCUAGGGGCUCAGACGGGUCCCGGGCUCCCCGGGGUGACGGGACGGGUCCCCCUAGGGGCUCAGACGGGUCCCGGGCUCCCCGGGGUGACGGGACGGGUCCCCCUAGGGGCUCAGACGGGUCCCGGGCUCCCCGGGGUGACGGGACGGGUCCCCCUAGGGGCUCAGACGGGUCCCGGGCUCCCCGGGGUGACGGGACGGGUCCCCCUAGGGGCUCAGACGGGUCCCGGGCUCCCCGGGGUGACGGGACGGGUCCCCCUAGGGGCUCAGACGGGUCCCGGGCUCCCCGGGGUGACGGGACGGGUCCCCCUAGGGGCUCAGACGGGUCCCGGGCUCCCCGGGGUGACGGGACGGGUCCCCCUAGGGGCUCAGACGGGUCCCGGGCUCCCCGGGGUGACGGGACGGGUCCCCCUAGGGGCUCAGACGGGUCCCGGGCUCCCCGGGGUGACGGGACGGGUCCCCCUAGGGGCUCAGACGGGUCCCGGGCUCCCCGGGGUGACGGGACGGGUCCCCCUAGGGGCUCAGACGGGUCCCGGGCUCCCCGGGGUGACGGGACGGGUCCCCCUAGGGGCUCAGACGGGUCCCGGGCUCCCCGGGGUGACGGGACGGGUCCCCCUAGGGGCUCAGACGGGUCCCGGGCUCCCCGGGGUGACGGGACGGGUCCCCCUAGGGGCUCAGACGGGUCCCCCAAGUAUUCGGGACCCCCCGGACCCAGCUCUCCCUCGGACCCGGUCCUGCUGCCUGCACACCUGGGGCGGCCGUAG